AUGGAUCCCGCACCCCUACCCGUCGUCAAGUUCCGACCAGCGAAAAGGCGGAGGGUUUUCCGCCAGUCCAACCGCGACUACGGCGCCGACGUCGAGCACAGCACAACCGGCACCAGCGCCCCGGAGCCAAUCAGCAGCAUAUCUUCCUCAACCGCAACCGCAACCGCAUCCGCAACCGCAUCCGCCUCCGCCCCCGCCCCCGUCGCAGAGCCCGGGACCGAGCCUCAGCCUGAGGAUUCCCUAGUUCCGGCCGCUGUGCGGCUUCGAAACGCCCGGAAAGCGCGUCUGCGCGGCGUGGGAUUCAGCACCGACUCUCGCUCUCAUCAUCACACCACCACGCCCGAGCUCGAGCUUGCCUUGGUCAGAGACGAGUGCAAAAACGCCGCGGCCAACGGCAUUCCAGAUCGAUUCACGUAUCAGACCGGCCUUAUUUCCACCCUCAAUGACAAACACAUGAAUGAAUACAUAGAAUCGCGCCUAUCCAGCCGCGCCGAACCGCGAUCGUCCUGCACCCGAGCUGGCCCAUCCCCAGACGCCCCCAGUUCUGGAACCACCUCCUUCGGCAGGCCCAUGGGAGUUCAGCCCACGCGGCAGGGUAGACUUGUCGAAGUCGAUGUGUCAUCGGACCCCUUGCAAGACGGUGACCCGACCAAGCGCAGAACAGGCAUGACUUCCCAGCCCGCGCCUCGGCGCCGAAACCGCCGUGGAAGCGAUGACAUCAAGCGCGACCAACUGGUCGACGCUUUUCUCCACGAAAAUAAACUGGACGUCAACAAAGUUCCCGUACGACAACCCCUACGACAACCCAUACGACAACCCGUACGACAACCACGACAGCAUCAAUCUGCUACAGGCUCUACUAGAGACGGUCGCUCCGCCGAUGAUCGAAUGGCCGAGGAAUUCCGCCAACGAUACAUGGACGAAAUGGCCGCGCGACGGCAGAGGAGACGGCCCAUACCAAUGACGCGACAACAAAAGCAACUGCAACAGCAGAGAGCCAAGGAUGUUCUCAAAGGUCCAAAACUAGGUGGCAGCCGUAAUGAAAGAGCCGCAGUGAGAAACAUCUUGCUGCAGCAAGAAAAGGAGAAGGCUGGCAUGCGAUUCUGA